CAGCCGUCUCUACCAUUUUAUGCACCAAUAAACAUCAGUUGUUUCAGCUUAAAGGAAGUGCGUGUCUGACUGCAGGGGUUUGUGUUGUGCAUCUGAAACCAAAACCACAUCAAAGCUGACAUCAUUUCAUGGUUCUAUUGGAGCAACCGAGCAGAACAUCUGAAGAGGUUUUUCAAAUGAUGCACGGUUUCUUUGGCAAUGCAUGAAUGCUUCUCCUCAUAAAAAUCUUACUUGCUACAAAGUAUCACUUUGCCUAUUUGGUUUAACUCGCAAAAAUGGAGCAAAGUUUUGCUGACCUACUUACUGAUGCAUUUUCAGAAACAUCUUUUCCAUCUUUCUCUAACGACGAGCUGGACUUUGAGAGUUUGUGUUCUGGUGAAAAGUUUGAGGACAAGACAGGCUGCUCUCAUGAAAACUUAAUGUCAACAGGGGAAGAUGAGGCUCUGCAUCAGGAAGCAACAGAUCAAACUCAAGUUUUGUCUGGCCUGGACACUAGUGAUACAAACAUGACUGAAAAUGAUGAUAAGCAGGAUACUGAUUCUACAAGCGAUAAAGAGGAUUUCACCAGUACAAUGGACAGUGUCAUGAACAUGGAGAAAACACCAGAGGAGCACAGUGAAAGCUCAGAUGGAGGUUCUGAACAGGAAAGCUCAGUCUCUGCAGAUGAUGAAGAGGUUGAGGAGGAGGAGGACGAUAUGGAAACAGGAGAAAAAACACAGGAUUGGCUGAUGUCUGUUCGCUGUGGCGAGGAGUUCUGGGAAGGUAAUAAAGAGGACAGGAUCUUUGCUCAGGGACAACCUCUGGCCCCAGAGAGUACUGAAAAGCCUCAAGUUAGAAACGAGGAGCAAGGUGAGAGUGAGAGUGAUGAGGAUGUGUCCUAUUUUGGGAGAUUCCCUGAACGUGGCAGUGGUACGAUACUACAAGGUGAUGGGACUGAAAAGGGAGAGCAAUGGGGAGAUGAAGAAAGAGUAGAGGAAUCAUCUGAUACAGAUUGUGAGGGCAUGAAAAUUGAAAAGGAUGGAGGAAAAGAAGGGGAUUUAUUCACCCAGCGUUUAUCCUUGGAGAAUGAAGAUCCCCACAGAGAUGAAGCUGUGACAGGCAUCUUCGAGCUUCCUGAAAUAUCAGUGCGAAAUCUGCAGGAUCUUAUUGCUGAUGAUGAUGAUGGUGAGGACCUCGUAGACAAAAUGAAGGAUUUCUCAGGGGAUGAGCACCAAGAGGCAGGUGAGAGCUUUGCAGAUUAUCCCUCAGACUUUUCUUCGGGUGAAUUCAUGGAAGAUGGAGGAAAAAAUCUUCAGAGUAAAUCCGAAUUGAACGCCUUGCCUUGCAUCUCAGACAGUGAUUCAGCCACAAAGCAGAGUACCUACCUGGACAGAGGUGUGGCAGACAUUACGUGGAUGAGAGAUGGUACAGAUAGUGAUGAGAGGGAAGACCAAGUUCUGGAUACUGGAUGGACAGGAAGAGAUGCUGAUAUGAAGAUGAUGGAUCUGAAUUUGGCAGCUGGAGAAAGAGAUAAUGGGAGACAAACAGAGAUAGACACACAUGCAGCUGUUAGAAGGUGUGAUGACGGAGAUGAAACUGCUGAACCCAUGUGCCUAGAAGCUAAUGAUCAUCCCAGUGCUGUGGAAGAUGAAGAACAAAAUGAGGCGAAAAAAUCGAUGUCCAGUUUUUCUCAAUACAAAUACACAAGUGAGGGGGACACUUGCUUGAGACAGCCUCAGUUUGACAGUGACUCCUACAGCUCCAGUGAUGAUGACAUCCAUAUGAGAGGGAGAGGUGGGGAAUACACAGAUGUGUAUCAGCAGGAUCCUGAAAACCCACUGCAGGAUGCUCAAGUAUUUUCCAGGCCAAACAUUUCUGAUGAGCAGGCUAUCUCAAACUACAGCAGCAGAGCCGAUCCAGUAGCUUUCAGCAUCUCUUGGGAUACAGACGAGUCGAAACUUGGGGCCUUUCUGUCCGAACAUCUGCUAUUAAACACAGAAGACACAGACAAAGACGAAACACUGCCUUCAGAUGUGAGUCUGAUCACUGCACAAGGGGCGUCUAUAGACAUCCAUUCAGUCGUGCAGCACGGGGACGUCACCGCCGUGCACACGUCCAAUCAAGGAUCUGUGGAUGACAGCUUCUUUUUCAACACUGAUUACGAAGGCCUGAGAAGCACCGAGCCAGGAGAGUUUGGAGAUGACGAGUAUGAAGAGGAGAGGAACUGGGAGCAAGAGCAGGAGAGAAUCAAUGCUUUCUACAAAUUUUACAAUGACAGCGAAGAGGAGGAUGGCAAAGAAGAAAGAGAGAUAAAGGUUCAGUUUUGCACCAACCCAUUAUCACAGGUCAUUCACUAUGACACUGACAGCAGCGACAGAGACUCGCUCAGUUCCACAGACGAGGGAGAGGAUCUGAGCUCUACAGAGUCAUCGAAAGAGCUGAUCGAGCCAGAGACCCUGGAUAUGGACCCUGCUCCUCAAACCCAAUACGACCCGCUGCCUGUUGAGAACGUGCCAGAUGUCAGCCACACACAGCCACAUGCCAGAGAGCACAAGUGUCUUGGGAUGUUCAUGUUGAUGCUAAAGCUGGGUCUGGUCAUACUGAUGGGACUGCUGAUGUUCUUGUGGGCCACAGACCAACUGGACUGGCUUGGACAAUGUGCUUUCUUUUAAAGCUAGGGGAAAAAAAAUAAACUCUUGUGCUAAUUAAAGUUUGCUUUGAUGCUUGUAGUUGAUGAAAAAAUUAAAAAAUGACUGAUUUGUGAGAUGAUUUCACUUUAUAAAUGAAAAGAUUUGUAAAACUGUGUAACUCCGCAAAGACUUGUGUCUGUAAAAUAUGGCUUUGUGCAUA